GUGAUAGUGUAUCCUGUUGAUAGUUGAUACGUGUUCCCGUCGACGGAGCAAUUCGGUACUGUUUUCCUCGAACGAUAUUGUUUUUUUUUGUCACCGUAGGUAAGCGUUCCUCACCCAAUCACCCCUUACACGUUCGGCAAUUAUAUAGAUUUGUGUUUUGUUUACUUUCUUUUUGAGUAUUUGCUAUAGAUUUCGAUUUUCUUUUCAAUUUCACCGUCGGAGCGAUUGAUCCCGUCCGCGUUCUCCGCUUAUUGGCUGUACCCCGUUUUGAUUUUUUUAAUCGCAACCACUCGUCUUGACGUGCUCUUGUCGAUUUUUCUUCCUCCACCUGCUCCGUCUAACCUUACGACAUUGACUUUGCACAUCAGUUAUCAUGUUAUCGUGUGUACGCACACGGACGUGAUCGUGACUGCAACAUCAACAACAAUUGAUUAGCCGCCGCCGCGAAACCAGUAAUUCGCCACAUACUCUACUCUAUACGUUCACGUUGACUUUGAUCAUUCACACGGAUGUAUACCCAAUGGCUUUGCGAAGUCCAAACAAAAAUGACUGUGGUUGCGAGCAGACUAAUUUACACUUGCAUGCUGAAAUUGAAAAUCUAAAGCAAAAACUUUUAGAAAAAGAAAAUCAUAUUCUGAGUAUGGAAACUAAUUUUCUUUGUGAAGCUGACAAAUUUCCACACGGUGAAUAUGCUGCUUUAACAGAUGAAGUUUUGAUGUGGCAAGACAAAUAUGCUAGAUUAUUGGAAUCACAUAAAAGAAUACAGCGUGUUAAUCAAAGUUUAGAGGAUAAGCUUCUAUUGCUUGUUGACAAAACUGAAACGGAAAAGAAUGUGUUAAACUCUGAAAUUACAGUUCUAUCUCAUAAAAUUGUUGAUCAGCAACUUAAAAUAAAUCAAAUAACUGAUGAAAAUGAACGGUACAAAAAUGAUCUGAAUAUUGCCAUUCAAUUACUUCAGUGUAAACCAUCACAUUUUGUUUCCCAAAAAUAUGAUAGUUUACCUGGAGAAUUGCAGUCCAAAGUACGCAGUUAUAUUUAUAGCAAACAACGAAGAUUAUCUGAUGGAAAUGGUAACAUGGCUACAAAAUCAGAAGGUAAAAUGAUCAAAGUGCCAAUUCCCACAUUUCCUCCAACAGCCAUGGUUUAUUCAUUGAACAAUGAUAAAGAUUCAAAACCUAAAGAUAUUGAAGACGGUAGUUCACAACCUCCAGUUAACAAUGUUUCAGCAGCUAUCUUAGCUAAAGUCUUAGAACAACGAGUCAAAGAAAGAAUUACACAACGACAUUGCACCACAUGUUCGUGUACUCCUAAAAAUGAUCCUGAACAUACUGACAGUUCCUUAUCACAAUCUGAUUUCUCAGACAAACGACGCACAUAUAGUAAAAAUUCUAAAAGACAUUCAAACAAAAGUUCCGAGUCUUUGACAUCGGAACCUGAUCUAAUGCAUUUUGAUAACACAAUGUCUAUUGGCGAGAUAUCGGAAAGUGGGACCAAAUUACCUGUAGCCAGAUCUAGGAUAUGUUCUGUACGUCUUCAGGAAGGUAGUAACAAUAUAUUGUUGGAUAAUGCCUCAAUGCCAUAUGCUGCACCUGUAUUAUAUAAAAGUCGUUCCUCUAGUGGUGAAUAUGAUGAGCCAUUAGUACAUUCUCAAAAACAUAUUGAUCGUAAUAUUCAUAGUAAUGAACAUACUCGCAUACUAAUUUCUGAUGAAGAGAUUAUCUAAAUGUGAUUGCUAAUUUAUAAGUAUACUAUUAAUAAGACAACAUAGAAUUUUAUACUAUAGUUUAUACAUUUAAACAAAUAUUACAAUAAUGAGAAUAUUAUAAGAUUGUAACUUUAUUUGAUUUUCAUCACAAAAAUAUGUUAAGUUAAAAUCAACAUGACUCGUUUCCUGUGUAAAAAUAGUUUGCUUUCAGAAAGCUGUUCACAUAUAUUUACUAAAU